CGCUUGCCUCUUUUCUGUUUUCUGCAUGUUUAGGUUUAUUUUGGUUCUCCAUGGAAAGCCUUUUAACCUCAGUCUCAUUUCCAGACUUGACACUUUGCUCCACCCACACUGCCUUCUUACAUUUUUAAAGCGCUAUAUCUCCUGUCUUCUCUUCGCUGCCAUCUUCAUAUGUGUGCAGUUUUGCCAUGCCAUUUAAAGAUAAAAUCAGAUCAUCCGGUCUGAAAUGUCUAUAAAAUUUCGUCCUCUUUAUUGUUUUCAACCUACAUCACCUCUCUGAAGAGAAAGCAUGGGAUAUGUGGUAGUGUUGUUGUUUUUUUUAUUAUGGGACUGAAAGUAAUUCUUAAAAAAAUAUUCAAGUCAGGUUUUCUAGUUCAAAGUGGUCAGUUAGUAUCAUUCACAGAUUGUAGGUGAACUUAAUUUUUUUUUAUUUUAUUUUUUUUAUAUGUUUAAUUUAGAGACUUCGAGAUUUAGAGAAUCUUGGAGACUAAGUAGUUUGUUUAGGAAUUUGUGUUUUCAUGACUUAUAUAAAGUGUUAAAGCUACAGACAUCCUUUUGGUUCCUGGAUAAGAAAUGUGUAUCUUAAAUACAACAGUGAUUUCAGUAUAUAAAACGGGUUUGAGAAGAGAUGCUGGGUUUUGUGAGCUGCAUUGUGUGUCUGAUGUUUUGGAGAGUUAUCAAAGUUAUUGCUGGUUCCCUGAAGAAAUGGCUGUUCAUUGCUUAUAUUGUUCAACAAUAUAAUUUAAUUUCAAGAACUAUAUAAAACUGAAACCACUUUACCUAUUCUAAUGUUAUUUGUUUGUGAAAGUAGUGUAGUACCACUAGUGACUCUUAAAACUAUAUAUUAAAUAUAUUUUAUCACAGGCAGUUUAACUUUCUGUGUAAUAAAUGCUGUUAUUAGUAAUGUCAACAAGAUUUUUUUUUUUCUUUUUCUGCAGAGCACAAAUAAGGUCUUUAAAAAAUGUUGAUAAUUAUACGGUUUUGUUUAUGAGUGUAUUUUAUAGUAAAAAAGAGAUUUCCCAUAUUUUUUCUCAGACCACAGACAAAGAAGAAAAGCAUACAGAUGUGGAAUGCCAUGAGGAAGUAAUUAAUGAGAAUUUAAAAUUUUGAAUGAACUAUCCCUUUAAUUCUAUAAUUAGCCAUGCGGCAUAUACAGCCAUGCAUUUGUUUUCCAAUAAGCAUUAAUUAGCUUAAAACAAAAGGCUUUAUAUUAAAUAACUUCUUCCUUUUAAUUUAUUCCUGAGAAUAGCUAUUAUUAUGCAUGUGAUUGUAAUUCCCACGUUGUCACACCAGCAAAGACGCUUUUGCAGGUGCAGGGAAUUGUGGGUAAGGGUGCUUUUGUCUUGUGGAGUUACUAAAUAAUAACCACCUAAAUCUGACACCACUUUGAUUUUUCAAGGUUGUGUGAGCUUUUGUUAAACCUUGAAGCUGCUACGGCCAAAUUGAUAUGGUUUAUUAUUUUCUCAAGUUCAUUGUGCUGCAUUACAACAUUAUUUCUGGUUUAGUACGUUUUUAAAUGAAAGUUUUACAUAUACACGCUUAAAAAUAAAGAUUCCAAAAAGGUGUUUUUGCAGUGAUGAAAUAGAAGAACCAUUUCUGGUUUCCCAAAGAACCUUUCAGAGAACAGUUCUUAAAAGAACCAUUUUGAAAAGAACCGUUUUCGACUAUCCGCUUGUUAAGUCGGUGCUAAUAUACACUCAAAAUGUGAUAUAAUACUACCAAAAAAUGUAUGAUCCUCCACUUUAACUCCAUAUUGAAAUUCCAGAUAGCCAGACAAUGAAAUAUAAAUAUAAAUAAAUAAAUCAAUAGAAAAAUUAUUUGUUUGGGAUGGUGUGAGCUCGGAGACUGUAGUGUACACCGUAAGUUUGAUAACGUUUAGCUUAAAUGUUUAAUGUAAAUAAACAGUUUACAUUUUUCUCUUUAUUACUGUUUAAAUUUGAUUUUAAAUCCUGUUUUCAAAGUGUUAAAUAAUGAGUUUGUCUUUUUUAGUUGUUUAGGAUUGUCCUCUUUUUCUUGAAAUAAAGUAGAGUCAGCUAAGUUUUAUUUAUUUGUCCUGACAUCAGACAAAGUCAUUAUCCAUUUAUACAAACCGAGUUGGGGAUGUUCUUGAAAUCCCACUCUGAUUUCCUCAUGAUUUCAUCACACCUCUCAAACAGUGUUUGGAUGGACUCACUGCAGACUGCUGAGACACAGACUCUGUGCUCAAACACAGACCGAGAGAGAACCGGAGAAAGGAAAAAAAGACUUCAAAGGGAAUUUAAUGCUUUUUAUCGAAGCCUCUGCCUCGGCUGUUUGCAGAACUCUCCCAUUCUCUCUCUCUCUGCAUCAUAAAUAUGCAUCAUAGUGAUACGAGAAAGAGAAACCGUCCUUUCAUAUCACACAUACCUCGCUUUUUAUCCUUCCUCUUCAUUAUAUGCUUUGCAUAUUGAGAUCUUUAUUUGUCUCUGUCUGAUUUUGUAUUUCUUAAUCUACCCAUAAUCUAACCAUCAAAGUUGACUUGAGGGGUUAACUUAGUGUCACUUAAAAUCCCCAUUCUUACAAAACCCCCUUUUUUUAAAUGACUGUGUAAAACAAUAAAUACAAGGCCUAGAUAUCAUUCAUCCCUGCGGUACCCCCGAAAAGGGAGGGUGUUUUCCCACAACCACAAAAAAAAGGAUCACAGAACAAUAUCAUCUGCAUUUGGCCUCAACUUUAUUGGCUGGUGGAAAGAAGGUCAAAGAAACCAACCUCAUUGAUUGGCUGCUGAAAAGUAUAUGUACUUUCCGAUUGGAGAAGAGGUACGAGAGGGUCUUUUAUAGCUGCUGGCGGCUUGGUCUGCUGGUGAGGGGGAUUAAACCCUGUGAUUGGGCACGCUACCAGAGACAUGCAGCUGUUUCACAGAGACGGAGAGACAGUGAAGAGAGGGGGAGGUCUCAAUCCCUCCCAAUGUUGAGGAGUGAGGAGUUGUGUGUAAGGUACUCUGGGUGUAAAGAUAUGUGAGGGGAAGCGUUUUCAUCUGCGUGUCGCGGCCAAUGCAUUCAAUGUUUCGGCUUCACGCUCCUUCAGAUUGAGUAGACAUAUUUUUCGGAUUAUUUUCAUCAGAGCCAGCUCUGAAACUUCAACUGGAAGUACCUGUCAGGCCUUGAAAUAGCUGCCAUUUGUGAUGAGAACAUUCAUUUAAUGGAUUUCUGAAACAUUUGUGCAUCUCUACUCUAUGAAUGAACAGCCAUUUCUCUAAGGAACCGUUUACAUGAACGGUGGUUCAGGAGUGGUCGUGUAGCUACCUUUUGUGUUGCUGGUUGAUCAGACUUUGCAAGGGUUUAGGGAUUGUUUUAAAAGCUCAGAAUGGAUGUGAUGACUGCAUGUUGGAGAGGGCAGGAGGAACAGGCUGCCAAAGCCAAGGCUGAGAAAAUCCGUGUGGCUCUAGAGAAAAUUAAAGAAGCCCAGGUGAAAAAGCUGGUGAUACGUGUACACAUGUCAGAUGAGAGCUCAAAGACCAUGAUGGUGGAUGAGAGGCAGACGGUCAGGCAGGUGCUGGACAGUCUGCUGGAUAAAUCUCACUGCGGUUACAGUCCGGACUGGGCCUUGGUUGAGACCAUCCCUGAGUUACAGAUGGAGAGAAUUUUUGAGGACCAUGAGAACCUAGUGGAGAACUUGCUUAACUGGACCAGAGACAGUCAAAACAAACUCAUGUUCAUUGAACGAAUUGAAAAGUAUGCACUUUUCAAAAAUCCACAGAACUAUUUACUUGGGAGGAAGGAAACCUCUGAGAUGGCAGACAGAAACAAGGAGGCACUGCUGGAGGAAUGUUUUUGUGGAAGCUCAGUGUCUGUUCCUGAAAUUGAGGGAGUGUUGUGGUUGAAGGAGGAUGGCAAAAAGUCUUGGAAGAAGCGCUACUUUCUGCUGAGGGCAUCUGGCAUCUAUUUUGUGCCGAAGGGCAAAGCCAAGGCUUCAAGGGAUUUGGUGUGCUUCCUCCAGUUGGACCAUGUUAAUGUGUAUUAUGGUCAGGACUACCGGAGCAAGUACAAGGCCCCCACUGACUACUGCCUGGCCCUCAAGCACCCUCAGAUCCAGAAGAAGUCACAGUAUAUUAAAUACCUGUGCUGUGAUGAUGUCAGAACUCUACACCAGUGGGUCAAUGGCAUUCGUAUUGCUAAGUAUGGGAAGCAGUUGUAUGUGAACUACCAGGAAGCCAUGAAGCGCACAGAGGCUGCCUAUGACUGGUCUUCACUCUCCAGCACCAGCAUCAAGUCGGGAACAAGCUCAGUCAGUAUACCUGAGUCACAGUCAAACCACUCUAGUCAGGCGGAUAGUGGUAUGUCAGAUGGUACUUCGUCCUCCCAUGCCCGUUCCCAGAGUGUAGUUAGUUCAAUCUUCUCUGAGGCCUGGAAGAGAGGGACUCAAAUAGAGGAGAGCACAAAGGCAAGACCAGAAUCAAUCCGUUCUACCCAUUCAAGCCAUAGCAGCCAUUCUGCUCAUCAUGUGCCUCAACAGCAGCAUCUGCACCCACUGCAACAGCCACAUCCACAUUUAAUUCCACAGUCACGUGGAAGUGUCACCCAGGCACCGACACAGGCACCAAUACAGCCGCCAACACAGGCACCGAUACAAGCACCGGUACAAGUACCACCCCAGGCAACUCCAGCCCCAGCCCCAGCCCCGCCACCACCUCCUCCACCACCACCACCUCCUCCACCCCCUCCUCCUCCUCCUAUUUCCAGUAUCCCCCACCAUGCCACACCUACCAUGUUUGCCAAAUACAGCACUAUCACUCGGCUACAGAAUGCCUCUCAGGCCACAAGUCACCCCAAGCCUCAGCCACAAGCCCAGCAGCAAGUGCCACCAGUCCCACCGGCCUCCAAACCACAAUCAAACAAUAUUCCACCAGGGGCUAACAUCCCACCGCCUCCUCCUCCACCUCCACCUGCCCCAAUGCCUCCACCUGGAUCAGCCAUGGCUGUUUUGAAACUUGGUCCUCCACCCCCUGCAACAGUUCUACAGUCCUCCCCUCCUCCUGCCCCCACACCUCCACCUCCUCCUCCCAUAAUGCCUGUACAGUCACAGCCUUUACCACCUCCUCCUCCCAUAAUGCCCGUGCAGUCACAGCCUUUACCACCUCCUCCUCCCGUAAUGCCUGUGCAGUCACAGCCUUUACCACCUCCUCCUCCUCCCAUAAUGCCUGUGCAGUCACAGCCUUUACCACCUCCUCCUCCUCCCAUAAUGCCUGUGCAGUCACAGCCUUUACCACCUCCUCCACCUGUAGUGCCAAUCCAGUCACAAUCUUUUCCACCUCCUCCACCUAUAGUGCCAAUCCAGUCACAAUCUUUUCCACCUCCUCCACCUAUAGUGCCGAUCCAGUCACAAUGUUUUCCACCUCCUCCACCCAUGGUGUCAAUCCAGUCACAAUCCUUUCCACCUCCUCCACCCAUAGUGCCAAUCCAGUCGCAGCCUUUACCACCCCCUCCACCCCCUCUUCAGGCUAAUGGCCUUCCCCCUCCUCCACCACCCUCUACUGUACAGGCACCUUUCAUAGCCAAUGGACUCAAGCAGGUCCUUGCCCACAAAUUUCCCAGUGUACCCCAAAAUGUAAUACCCCCAGUCAAUCAGAUCCAUUCUUCUCCACCUCCUCCCCCUCCACCACCGCCACCACCCCCACCAUUAGCACCUACACUCCCUCCUCAACAGCAUUUUGCUCCUGCUCCAAAUCCUCCACCACCACCACCUCCUCCACCACCCCCACCCGCCCCCAUGCAGCUGCCAAUUCAAACUGCAGUUUUGCCCAAAACUUUCACUGGUGGAUUUCCACCUCAGACAGCACCAAAACCUUCAUAUGGCAUUCUUCCAGUAUCCCCAGUAGCUCCAUCACCUCAAGCUCCAGCACCACCACCCCCACCACCUCCACCCCCACCUCCUCCACCUCCACCUCCAGCACCAUUGAAGAACCAACCCCCACCUACACUACCUAAGCAGCAAAGCAUCUCCAAGACACUACCCUUUUCCAACCAAACCUCAUCAGUGCCAUCUCUGGUUAAGCAGCUUGCUAGCCAGUUUCCUGUUGCAUCUUCUGCAGUGACCAAUCAAACUGAGUCACAAAGUCAUAAAGCUCCCCAGUCCCCACCUGCAGUGAAGACUAAACCAAAAUGGCAGCCUGUAGGUCAAGGCCAGCAGCAACAGAAGUCACCUGAAUUUCCACCGCCUCCUCCAGAGAGUACACUUGCCUUUCCUUCACCACCACCUCCGCCACCACCGCCACCUCCUCCGGGUCCUACCCCUCCUCCUCCACCUCCUCCUCCUCCUCCGAUGUCAGGCUCCCCUAUCACAAAGUCCCCCUCUGGCUCAUCUGCAGGUGUCAAGAAACCUCCACCGACUCCUCAGCGCAACUCCAGUGUGAAGUACAAUGCCUCUGUGGAGUACCAGGAGUCCCGCAAGAACUUGGUGAGCAAGUUUAACCCUAGUUCUGCUUCAUCAUCGACAUCAGCCUCCAGUAGCUCACCCUCUAAAGAGCUUCCUACAGGUCCUCGGGCACCCCCCAAACCAGGGAAGCUCAAUCUGGCAAAUCUUCCUUUGGCUUUGCAGAACAAAUUGAAUCAGAACCGCCAAUCAACUGCAGACUUCCCAUCCCCUCCACCCCCAGAAAAUGACUCUUUCCCACCUCCCCCAAUGGAGUCUGACCUCCCUCCACCACCGCCCCUUCCAGGUGAUCCAAAUGGUUUGUCUCUGAAAGUGGCUGUGGUCAAUCCUCAGCCCCAGCCUGCUUGGGGCAAGAGUUCUCUAAAGAAGACGCAACCUCCAGCGUCAAUUCGCUGUAACAACAUUAAAGAGUCUCCACCACUCUCAACGCCUAUUCCCCCUACUUCUCCCAAAGGCACCACGCAGCCAAACUUCUUGGAGGACCUUCACAAGACACUUAAACGCAAGUCCUCACGAGUCUCUGGAGACAAAGUGGACCCUGUGGCCACAAUGGAUGACAUGGCUUUGCCACCACCUCCGCCUGAGCUUCUGAACGAUCAACAGAGACACAGUGGUAGUGGCUUCAUGUCCGGGAAUAUCUCAGGCUAUGCAACACUACGGCGAGGGCCUCCUCCUGCCCCACCCAAGCGGGACCACAGCACCAAACUCACAAACUGAGAAAACUGCAACUUUUUCUGGACACUCUUGCUUGCUAUUUUCAUGUCAUAGAGUUGUAGAGGAGAAGCCAUCGUUUUGUUGAUAUGCUCAGCUUUUUCUGUACAAAACAGCUCAAGACGUUUCAGCUUUACUGUGACUUUGUGACAGUGCAUCAGUUACAGCUCCAAACAACUGAGUAAUUCCACUUCAACACCUUGGUACUGCAUGGAUAACAAAACUACAUUAAACUAUUAAUCUUAUUGAUUUUUGGGAAAACAAACGUUUUGAACUUUGGGGUUGGGUGGGAUUUUUAAUUUUGAUUUUAUAUUGUUUUUAUAUUAUCAAUUAUUUAAUAAUCUGAAGAGAUUUUGUUAUUUCAGACUGAAGUUUUUUAAAUGGUUGGAUGGUUAUUGUUGUUUGAGGAGUUUUAGAUGGGUAGAUUUUGGCUGGUGUAUUAGUUUGGCACAACUUUAACCAUUUAUGUGGCAGAUCCAGUGCUCAACUGAUGCAUUUAGAAUGUAUCUUGAUCACUAUUUGAAGUUCUUUGAGCCACAUCAAGUGCGUUAUAGUUGUAAUUGUCAAAACUGUAACAUGAAGGAAUUGUUCAGGGAGAUGCCUCAGUGUCUAGUUCUGUGAGACUGUGGAAUGUUUGCUUUUUUUUUUUUUUUUUUUUUUUUUAAUUAGACCUGUUUAAAUUGUAGAUAUUCUCAUUUGCUGCAGUAUCUUUGUCUAGGUAAAACAAUUGACUGCCUUGCUGUUCCUUGUUGGUCCUUACUUUCUCUGGUGAACAUUCAAGCUGACUUUUACAAAUUGUUCACCUACGAAGAGAUGGACUUUAAAGUCAUGUGCUUGAAUGACACAAUCAUUAUUCACAUAGAUUUAUCUUAUAUCCUGUAUUAUAACCUGUAUUAUUGGCUCAUGAAUACAGCCAUGCCUUAAGAUUCUAGAACAUGCGUAUCAAACAACUGAUCAAAAUAUUAUCAUCUUACAAAAAGUGGCCAUUAGGAAGUUAAAUUUCCCUGUAGGUUUUACUUGUUAAAGGAUUCUGGCUUACUUUCUUCAUUCAGACAUGACACCUUCAGAAUCUUACAGUGAGAAUCUUGCCUAUAAUGGCUCUAUAAGAGCCACCUUGCAUCUGUACAAAAAAGUAUGCAUAUUAUCUCAUGUCCACAUUUCAUUUUAAAGAAUUUGUUUAUUGAAUGUAUUUACAGUAUCAUGAAACUUUUCAGGCUGUUGAGAAGCGACUAACUGAAGUUAAUAUUAAAUUAUUAAAGUAUCCGGUCAUGAUCCGUCAAAGGUCUAUGAACAUCAUUCUCUGCAUAUCUCUCUGCAAAAUGUGUAAUUUAAAAUGAAAUUAUACAUGUUGAUAUCA